GGCCUUUUUUUUUCGAGGCAGAGUCUCAUGCAGCCCAGGCUGGCCUCUAUCUCACUUUGUAGCAUGACCUUGAACGCCUGAUCCCCCUUCCUUCACGGUACCUGGCUCUUUCCCAUACCUGGCUCUGAGGUCUCCAUUUUCGCUGUGCUGCUGAGUUAGGCAUUUUUAGGGUCCCCUUGACGCCCCGCCCUCUCCUAGGUAGGAUCCAAUCCCUGAGCUUUCUGUGCAACCCCACCUCCUCUAGCUAGGCUGGGUCGGAGUCUGCCUAGCCGUGGCCCCGCCCAGUCGCUCAGCCCAAUCAGCUCGUGCCCUCCCUCCACCUGCCCAAUCACACCCUCCCAUCCAUUCAUCGCCUCCUCCUGUCCAAUCACGUCUGCCUCUCUACCCGGGCCCCGCCCCCGAGACCCUGCCCCCUCCCAGCCCCGCCUCCCUGUCCAAUGCUCAGUUCAGUGUGCGUCUGGUCGUUCCGCGGGCGCCAGGGGACCGGCAAGCAGCAGCCUCAGCCGGUGCCAACGCCGCAGCCGCCUGAGUCCUCACCGCCGCCUCUGCCGCCGCCGCAGCAGCAGCAGUGCUCUCAGCCCGGCACUGCCGCCUCCCCGGCGGGUGCCCCGCUUUCCUGCGGGCCUGGGGGCCGGCGUGCCGAGCCAUGCCCCGGGCUGCCGGCGGUGGCCAUGGGGCGGCACGGCGGCGGCGGCGGCGACAGCGGUAAGAUCGUGAUCAACGUGGGCGGCGUGCGCCAUGAGACGUACCGCUCCACGUUGCGCACCCUGCCAGGGACCAGACUGGCCGGGCUGACCGAGCCCGAGGCGGCCGCGCGCUUUGACUACGACCCGGGCACGGACGAGUUCUUCUUCGACCGUCACCCGGGCGUCUUCGCCUACGUGCUCAACUACUACCGCACCGGCAAACUGCACUGCCCGGCCGACGUGUGCGGGCCGCUCUUCGAGGAGGAGCUGGGCUUCUGGGGCAUAGACGAGACGGACGUGGAGGCCUGCUGCUGGAUGACCUAUCGCCAGCACCGUGACGCUGAGGAGGCACUGGACUCUUUCGAGGCCCCGGACUCCUCGGCCAACGCCAACGCCAACGCCGGAGGCGCGCACGAUGCGGGACUGGACGACGAGGCGGGCGCAGGAGGCGGCGGCCUGGACGGGGCAGGCGGCGAGCUCAAGCGUCUGUGUUUUCAGGACGCGGGCGGAGGUGCCGGAGGACCUGCCGGGGGCGCGGGCGGCGCGGGCGGCACCUGGUGGCGGCGCUGGCAGCCCCGUGUGUGGGCGCUUUUUGAGGACCCCUACUCGUCGCGGGCUGCCAGGUAUGUGGCCUUCGCCUCCCUAUUCUUUAUCCUCAUCUCCAUCACCACCUUCUGCCUGGAGACACACGAGGGCUUCAUCCACAUCAGCAACAAGACGGUGACGCAGGCCUCCCCAAUCCCUGGGGCUCCCCCGGAGAAUAUCACCAACGUGGAGGUGGAGACGGAACCCUUCUUGACCUACGUGGAAGGCGUGUGUGUGGUCUGGUUCACCUUUGAGUUUCUCAUGCGGGUCACCUUCUGCCCAGAUAAGGUGGAGUUUCUCAAAAGCAGCCUGAACAUCAUCGACUGCGUGGCCAUCUUGCCCUUCUACUUGGAAGUGGGCCUGUCAGGUCUCAGCUCCAAAGCUGCCAAGGACGUGCUGGGCUUCCUGCGUGUCGUCCGCUUCGUGCGCAUCCUUCGUAUCUUCAAGCUGACCCGUCACUUCGUGGGGCUGCGUGUGCUGGGCCACACGCUCCGGGCCAGCACCAACGAAUUCUUGUUACUCAUCAUCUUCCUGGCUCUGGGGGUCCUCAUCUUUGCCACCAUGAUCUACUAUGCCGAACGCAUCGGGGCUGAUCCUGACGACAUCCUGGGCUCCAACCACACCUACUUCAAGAACAUCCCCAUCGGCUUCUGGUGGGCUGUGGUCACCAUGACGACACUGGGCUAUGGAGACAUGUAUCCCAAGACGUGGUCUGGGAUGCUGGUUGGGGCACUGUGUGCCCUGGCUGGUGUGCUGACCAUUGCCAUGCCCGUGCCUGUCAUUGUCAACAACUUCGGCAUGUACUAUUCACUGGCUAUGGCCAAGCAGAAAUUGCCAAAGAAGAAAAACAAACAUAUUCCCAGGCCCCCGCAGCCUGGCUCACCCAACUACUGCAAGCCUGACCCCCCGCCUCCACCCCCACCACACCCCCACCACGGCAGCGGUGGCAUAAGCCCACCGCCGCCCAUCACCCCUCCUUCCAUGGGGGUGAAUGUGGCCGGGGCCUACCCACCUGGACCCCACACACACCCCGGGCUGCUCAGGGGUGGUGCUGGGGGCCUGGGAAUCAUGGGAUUGCCUCCUCUGCCAGCCCCUGGUGAGCCCUGCCCAUUGGCUCAAGAAGAGGUGAUUGAAACCAACAGGGCAGACCCCCGUCCCAAUGGAGACCCUGCAGCAGCCGCACUGGCCCAUGAGGACUGCCCUGCCAUCGACCAGCCAGCCAUGUCUCCAGAAGACAAGAGCCCAAUCACUCCCGGAAGCCGGGGUCGCUACAGCCGGGACCGAGCUUGCUUCCUUGUCACAGACUAUGCCCCUUCCCCUGAUGGCUCCAUCCGAAAAGCCACUGGUGCUCCCCCACUGCCCCCCCCAUGCUGGCAUAAGCCAGGCCCCCCAAGCUUCUUGCCCGACCUCAACGCCAACGCAGCAGCCUGGAUAUCCCCCUAGUGGACGAGCCCCUUCCCCCCCAGGCCACCCCGGAAGCUCCUGCCAUAUUUGAUGUCUCUGGCUGCCCCCAUUUCACCGCUCCCAUCACCCCCCGGAAAACACCAGAGAGGAGGAAGACAUCCCGGCGUUUCUCCGUCCCCCCAACAGUGAGCCUGUGUUGGGGAGCCCCCCAUCUGCCUCCCAUCCCCCAUCCUUGACUCUCUGUAUUUCUGUCCCCAGCUCUUGUCACCGCCUGAGACCUCGCGAGACCCUCGGGUUCCCCCUGUCCCUUCCCCCCAGGUUAGCAACUGGGAAUGGUGGGAGGGAGUGUCCUAGAGACACUGGGCUUCCAUUCCCCUCUAGAUUCUCUCCUGCAGUUUGAGUACCACCCCCCAGCCUGGGAUGCCUAGAGAAAACCAUUCUAGCCCCUGGAAUUGGCAGAGCCAAAAAAAGACCCCAACCACCCUUACUGGUCCUGAUAUGGAAUCCCAUGAGCUGUGUGACCUUACUACUUCCUGUCACCAGCAGACCCCAUCCAAUUUUGGAAACCUCUAUUUCAUCCCACAUCCUGGACCCUUGAAAGAUGUCCAUACUGAGUUAAAUGACUCGUGCCUGUUAGUCCAAGGCCACCUAUCUACUGAAUUUGAGCUCAGGUUGAGCUAAAUAGUGAGUUUGAGACCAGCUUGGGCUAUAGAGUGAGGUUGAGGUCAGCCUAGGCUACAUAAUUUGAGUCCAGCCUAAGCUAUCUAGGAUGUUCUAGGCCAGCCCGGGCUACACAGUCCUAAGGAAUCCAUCCCUUCCCCAUCCCAGGCCCCCAGCUCCUUUCUGCGCAGCCCCCUCCACCAGCCGCUGCCUCCACCCCAGCCCCUGCCGCCCGCCCACCAUCCCACCUCACCAACUGCUGCCUUUGGGCCUCAGACCAGGGGACCUUGGGGAGGGGGAGAAGAGGGGCGGGCAUGGCUGGAUGGGGAGGCUCAGUGGGCACCACCCGCCUCCUAAUCCUGUCUCUCCCCUUCCCUGUGUCUGCACCUUUUUUGUGGAUGCUGACUGACUCUCCGAUCUCUUCACCUCUCUCCAUCUCCUCGGCCCGCCCAUCCCGCCUAUCUCUGUGUUUCUGGGCAUCUCUCUCCUCUCCAUCCCUCUCUCUGCCUGUGUAUCCCUGUUUGGGCUCUCUGUCGUAUCCUCACCCUGGCUCCCAUCCCCACGCCCCCUCCCACCCUUGUCUCUGCUCCUUUCCCAGGUUACGAGAAGUCCCGCAGCCUGAGCAGCAUUGUGGGCCUGAGCGGGGUGUCCCUGCGCCUCGCGCCCCUCGCCACCCCCCCUGGCUCUCCCCGGGCCACGCGCCGAGCUCCCCCGACCCUGCCCUCCAUCCUCUAGCGCAGCCCUCCCCCCUGUGGGGGGACUGGGGGUGAUGGGAAGGUGAAAAGGAGCUGGGAGUAGGGCUGGGGAAAGGGUUCUUUUUUUAAAAAAAAAAAAGUCAAUAAUAUGCAAAAGAGACGAUGCCAGCAGACACCCCCGGGGCCUCUCACUCCCCAUACACUAGAAAACCCAGGAUAGAGGGGGCAGGGCCGGAGCCUGUACCCCAUCUCCCUCCCCCUUCCAAAAAAAAAAAAAAAAGCAAACCUCAGGUCUCCAUGAGCCAUAGGACACCCCUCCCAUCGACUCCUGUAAAUAACUAAAAGCUGAUUCCAUCUUGGGGCACCCACUCCAGUUUGCAUGCCUCCCCGACCCCCUCUUCAGCAAUAAGCCGCCAGGAGCUGUGUGCAAAGAGUUGGAGGGGAGGCUGCUGGGAGCCUCUAAGGUCGGAGCUAGCAUUUUUAGGGGUCUUCCUGGUCACCCGCCCCCCAAAGGGCAACCCACCCAUCACUAAUUGAUUCAGGAAAAACAAAAACCUCUAGGAACACGUAGGAAAAGGAAGACAGGUUAAUCAGCCGCAGCCCCGAGGAGCUCAGCUUGGGGGUGGGGGGGUUCUGCCAGCUGCUCUUGGGCUUGGAGGACGCCAGCUGGUGCAUUCCACCCACGCCCGCCUCCAGGGAUCUGCUCCCUCUAUUCGCUGCAUGGACUUGGCCCUCCAGGCCCAGAACCCUCUACCCACUGCAGUCUCCACUCUAUCCCAAGAGGUGAGACUAGUACCCUAGACUUAAGGAGACAGAACCUGGCACCCUGCACUCCCACACCCCACGGACUCCGGCGCCCCCCACUCCUCACCUCCAUCACUCCAUCCAUCCCCCACUGGCCUGGACUGCACCACAGAGUUUUUCCACUCUUCCCUUGCACCUCCGCUCACUUCCAGCCUUCGGGGUUCUGACAGUCCUCAAGACCCUGACAUUGCCUAGACACCCCUAUAUCCCCAACCCCAGACGGCCCCAACUCCCUGACAUCACACUCCUCUGUCCCCUGGCGCCUCUGGCGCAAGACCUUCCCGGACAAGCUCCGUCUGUCUGAUUACAGAGAGCUCCCAUCCCAUUCCAGUAUUACUGUCUAGGCAGCCCCCUCCUCACCGCCCUCUCCCCCCCCACCCCAUGGUGCCAAAACACACUUUCUUCAUGGCCACCAGAGUUUCCCAGAGCGUGGGACUCCCGUUCCCUCUUCGUGUGCUGAAGUUUGCAAAGUGCACAGACGACCAAGUGUUUUAAACUUGUGUGCUCUUUGCAGGCUCACACCCGGCUGGUGCGUCCUGGCAGCGCAGCAGUUGGGUGUUGCCACUGAAAGCAAGUCUAAGACAGGAUGGGACCCAAUGCUAAAAGCGCUUGCUUAAUGUGCUAAGGUCCCAGGGUUCAAACUCCAGCAACCCCUCUUCCCCUACUGGUGGGCAAAGAGGACAUACCCACCUCGGCUAGGAUCUCAGCCUGCCCUUCCCAGCUUCCUUGCCCACUACGUGCCACAUUCUCGGAUGGAAAACUUUCUCAAAUCUCGUCUUGGCUCCAGGAUGCUACCUCCCCCAAGCCCAGAGACCACACUGGUCCCAGAAUCCUUAGCGAACUAUCCCCUUUGGAGCUGGGUGGUCGGCAGAAUUAGCAAUCCCUUGUUCCCACCGCCUCAGGGAAACCUCCCGCUGUCACCAGAGUUGUCGGUGGGGGUGUCCUUGGGCCCAAUUCUUGAUGCAACAAUUCCUAUGCAAGGGACAUUUUGAGUCCCUCCCGCACCCCCCGCCUUCCCUCGGGACCUUAAACUCUGGUGAGACAGGGGUUGAGGAGUGGGGUGGGAUCUGGUAGGGGCAGGGCAAAGGGCUAGGGGACUCUAGACACCAGGGUAUGGGCUGAGGACUCCUAAUAUUGCCAAAGGAUUCAACUUAUUUAACAACCCCUAUUAUCCCCGCCCCCCUGUCCCUUAAAAGAGACGAAUGGGGCGGGGAAAGGGGUAAGAGUCCUUUUUGAAGGGUACCAACCACUUCCCACUGUUUUCCCCUGCUCUCCAGUUCCCUACACAUAUCCAGCUUUUUAGUUAAGCAUUUUUAAAAAGCUACCGUCAUUAUAAACGUCUACAAAACGUGAUUUUUGCCCCUCCACAUCCCCCAAUUUACCAAACAGUGUGGGAUUAGGGGAGGGAGAGCCAGGUCCUGGUCUCCCUUUUCCCCACGGCCGCCAGGGUGCCUGCAACUGCACGCAUGCGCUGCAUGACGCGCCCCCCCCACAUACACACGCAUGCGUCGCGCACCCCUCCUGCGCUGGGGGGGGACGCGCGGACUUGGGGGCGGGGCGAUGGGGAGGAAUGAUUGGCAGAGGGGAAGGGGGUCUUUCUGAGCUCAAUGGCUCCUCUCCUUCCCCACACACUCACAGCAAUAAGUUUCUCUACUUCUAGUGGGCGGACGGGCCUAGCCUGACCUGGCGCGGGAGGGGCUGGCCAAUGGGCGCUCUCAGGGAUGGGGGCGGGUCCUGAGUCUGGGGGAGGGGAGGUCUGCAACUCUGGUGCUAAUGGCGGGUCUUCCUGGCCCACCCGCAGGCAGGGAGGAAGGAGUCGGCAGGCUCCUCCCCCAAGCCUCCCCCACGCCCACCCAGGGUGCAUGAACCACCCACGCAGAAGCUGCCGCAUGUCAACCCUCCCCCCCACAAAGAAACAGUGUCAUGCCCCUUCCCACCUGCCCUCCCACUCCCCAGCCCAAUAAAUGAUACCUUUUCAUUUA